AUGGCAAUGCUUAAAAUCAUAUUCGGAAACCUUGGAUCAUCAUUAGCUAAAAGGCCUGGUGUUUUCAAGUACUCUAAAUUGAAAUCCAUGGAACUGCCUUACGAUGUGAAAAAAGGGCAGUUUGCGGUGUUUGCAACUGAAGGAGAUGAAGCCAAUAGGUUCGUAGUUGAAUUGGAGUGUCUUAAUAAUCCUGCAUUCUUGAAACUUUUAGAGAAAGCUGAAGAAGAAUUUGGGUUUGGACAAGAUGGAAUUAUUGGUCUACCUUGUAAACCAGAUGAGCUCAAGAGAAUUUUAGCAGGUAGUGGUAGAGGAAAAUAA